UCAAAAACUAAAGAAAAUCCGUCCUACAUGUAAUUUUGUCAUUUUUGAGUUAAUAAUACAGUUUGUUUCAUAACUACAUGUGUGCACACUUACAUUUUUGUACCGAAUUCGGUAGUUGAAAAAUAGGUAAUGUUUAGAUCGGUAAAACAAUCUGUCAAAAUGAACAAAAUUUAACCGAAUUUCGGUUGUACGAUGUACAAUAAUGAACCGCAUUUCCGAAUUUCGGUGAGUUUUUACCGAAUUCGGUAAUUUUCAGUUUACUCAACUGUUCAGCAGUUGCAAAUUCGGUAAACUUUACCGAAUUCGGUGGGACAAAUUCGCCUUGCUUUUUUGUUCGAAUGUGUGAAAUAAGCAUUGCCACUGAUAAAGUUUUACUUUUGUGUGCGAUAGUAUAAAAUAUAUGCGAAAGUAAAUGAGUCACUGGCACUUACUUAUCAAUCACUUGAACCACGAUGCGCAGAUAAAGAAAAAUGAUAAAAUUACAUGAUUAUUUGUUCAAUCGAGUUUAAAUUUGGGAUAAAGGCUCAGUACAUCAAAUUUGAGCUAUUUUAAUAAGGACACUUUUAUUUGACUGAAUUUUCUUUAAAAAACAGCGCACGGUUUAUGCUAACCUUAUCAAUUUUUCUCAUCAGUGAUUAAUUAAUCAUUUGAACAAUGCCCGGAAUGACAACGCCUGUUAAAGCAAAGCAACCUCCCAAAAAUUCCAAAACCGCGGAAAGAAUAUCCGGAAUUCACAAUGGCAUUCGUGGAACCGAAUACCAACUGUGUGUGACGAUGUACAUUUUGCUGCGCGCCUAUAACAGCUAUUCUGAACACGGGCAAGAUUUUAAGCUUUGUAUGGAACCUACGGAUCCGAUAGUUGGCGAAUUCGACGAUAUUUGGCUGGAGAUGAAUGGUGAACAUAUUUUGAUACAGGUUAAGCAUUGCUCAGACGGUAGCAAUCUGACGGAGGGUAUGCUUCUACCGAAUAACCGUAGCUCUGAUGAAGCAUUUUCCAUGUACAAAUAUUAUGAUUCUUUUGAAAAAAGUCAAAAGCUGAAAAAAGCCCGAUGCAGAACUGAUGAAAAGUGGACGUACGUUUUUUUGACCAACAAACCGUUGCAAGUGAGGGCAAGAAAAAUGUUUGUAAAGUGUUCAAAAAAGUCUUCAAUUGAAAGCAUCUUCGAUACCAGUUUAUUCUACAAGUUUUGGAAUGACCAAGAAAACGAAUGUGUUAAGAAGCUAAAUCCAUCUGAUGAUUUUUGCGAUAAUUUCAUACUUUCUGUGGCGCAUUUGAAUCUUCACAAAUUGCGGAAGAAAAUAGAAGCAGAAAUUAGGAAAACCAAGCAAAUGGACUCUAAACUUGGGAUCAAAUUUCUAAGAGACGAGCUUUUUGAUUGGGUUUGUGAUAAAGAAAAUCGGAAGAACAAAUAUAUGGAUAGGGAAUGGGUUGAAUCAAUGUUUCAAAAGUUUCACAUCGAGCACGCAAAAGAUCACUGGAAGGCAUACGAAAACCCAGUUCUCUCAACUAUAAAGGAAUCAUUGCAAGAGUUUUUGAAUCAGGAUAACCAGAUAGGAGCAAUAGACGAAACUGCUAAACUUUUGUACGAAAAAAUAAAAUACAUUCUCACAACAGGUCAAACAGAGAACACACAGAAAUGUGAUGAAAAUAAGUUGACAGCAAUAGAUAGAGAGGAUGAUGUUGACCAGGACGUUCCAGAAAAAUUAUCAACAAUCAAACAAAUAUUUACGUUGCGACAAAUUCUACAAAUAAGUCGAGAAUUUCAGGCAACAGAUACACAUCAUCUAUUCAUCUACUUCAAAGUUGAUUACGAAACAGCGAAGCUUAAUGAAUUAAUGGACCUAAUAGACGCAAAUGAUUCCUCAACUAAAACUCUUGGGAAAAACAACUCAUCUGUCAUGUUAAAUUUGGCAGUACAAUGUGUUUUGAAACGAGCGGAAUUCAACAUGGAGGGCACAGUUUUUGAAAAUUCUCAGCUGAUUCUCUGCCACGAUAACGAAGUGGACAUAAUUGGAAAAACGAUCCAAGAUGUUGAAAUUCAGUACGUUAGACUGAGAGCUGAAGCCAGGAAAGUUGGUCUGAUUCUUGAUGCAUCGAAAACGAAGUACAUGUUAGCCAAUGGGAAACUACCGCAAAGUGGCUCGGUGACCAUAGCGAGUGAUAAGAUCGAAAUGGUGAAAGAGGUAGAAUUCCUCGGAUCAUUAGUGACAUGGGAGAACAGCUGCAACAUAGAAAUCGAGAGAUGUAUUAAAGUCGGAAAACGCACUUUCGAAGAUCUUGAGGAGAUGCUAGAAUCAGAGCAAGAUAUUCUCAAGAAAUGGAGGAUAUACGACGAGCAAAUACGAUCCAGAGUCCUUGAAGGGUGUGAGACGUGGACAGUGCUUGCCAGUAGAGAAACAAUGCUCGUCAAGUUUGAAGACGAUAUGUUAAGAGCAAUAUUUAACGGUGCCAAACAACCAGACAUCUGUAGACCUAUCAUGAGUGUUGUAAAUGCUAAACAAGUACGGUGGGCGGGACAGGUCGCUGGGAUGUCAAACGAUGAACCCGCCAAAAGAGUGGUCAUCGUAGCCAGCUUUCCCGACGUGAACCAGAGAAGACGUACGGGUAAACCGAAAACGCGAUGGUUUGAGGCGAUCAAUGGUCGUGAAAAAGGGCAAGAUCUACGCGAAGCUUGGGAACUAGCCGUAAAGCAGCUCAAAUCUGGAAAUUCAGGAGUAACCAAAACGGAAUGCAAACAUUUUGGAAUUAUGUCCUGAUGCCUAAAGAGGUACACAAAGGAUACACCAAAAAUGAGUUGCAUUAGGGCAGAACUACUUCCUCUCGAGAUUCACAAGAAGAACCAUCUUACAGUUAACACUAUGGGCAAUGAAUUUCGUCAAUUGUAUGGUUCGGAUAGUACGCGACUGCAAUACAAUAUUUACCAACUUUUGAUCUCCAAAGAAGACUUUUUAAUCGGUGAAAUGCUGUGAUAGUGUUGUUGGAAAGUUGCUGUUUCAAACGCAAUGUUCAAAAAAGUGAUGAUUUAAAAAGGUCUCAGGUUAUUAGUUUACAGACAAAAAGUAGCUAUGUUUUUAAUAUUGUAUUGUUAUCAUACUUUUUUAGCAUGGAAG